CCACGCCUCGGGACGUCUGGCCCCGGAGCCGCAGAAGGCGCUCUUCCGUCCCGAGCUGGUCCAGUCCGGCGCGGAGUCGCUCUACCGGCGUCUCGGUGGCCGGGGCAGCCCACGUGGCCACCGUGGAGGCGGUGCGGUGCAGCGGUCCCGCCGGGAAGCAGCAGCUCCGCGCCGGUCAUGACCCGGUUCCCGAAGCUCGCGGUCUUUGAUCUGGAUUAUACUCUCUGGCCUUUUUGGGUCGACACACACGUAGAUCCCCCGUUCCACAAGAGCAGUGAUGGAACCGUACGAGACCGGCGGGGCCAGAACAUCCGACUGUACCCGGAGGUGCCCGAGGUCCUGGAACAAUUGCAUGGUCUUGGGGUGCCGGUCGCGGCCGCUUCACGGACCGGUGAGAUAGCAGGGGCCAACCAGCUACUGGAGCUCUUUGGCCUUGCCCGAUACUUUGUUCAUAAGGAAAUCUAUCCAGGCAGCAAGGUCACACACUUUGAGAGGUUGCAGCAGAAGACUGGAGUUCCUUUCUCCCAGAUGGUCUUCUUUGACGAUGAAAAGCGGAAUAUUGUAGAUGUGGGCAAACUUGGUGUUACCUGCAUUCACAUCCAGAAUGGAAUGAGUCUUCAAACCCUAACUCAAGGGUUAGAGACUUUUGCAAAUGCCCAAGCUGGAUCCUGAGGACCAGCCAUAUAGAUAAUCCUUAUCUAAGGUGUAAAACUGAAAUCAAGAAGGCAUUGUCAGGUGCAUUUGUAAUUUAUUAAAGAGUAUGUGUGUGAGUCAAGAUUUUA